CUUCACUCAUUCAAGCUCAUCAAUCACCCCAAGAACAAACGUACUUUCCAUAAAACACAAAACAAAAAAACACUUCCUAAACAUUGUCCUCAUCAUGCAAAUCUUCCACUGUGCAUCUCCUCCUUCUCAUCUUCCCAUUGCUCCAAACAACAUCCCACAAAUCAACAAGACUAGUCUCAUUGCAUCAUCUAGUACACUUAAAACCCACAAAUGGAGCAUUGGUGAUGAUCUCACUUUAGUUUCCAACCCCUCAAUACAGAAAGACUAUCUAACUGGAUAUCGCAGCUUAACCGAUGACUUUUGUGUAAAGCAUGAACAAAAAUUGAAGGAAGCUAAGAGGAUGUUGAGGAAAGUAGGAGAGAACCCAUUAGAAGGUUUGGUCAUGAUCGAUAACCUCCAACGCCUAGGCAUCGAUUACCAUUUCCAAGAAGAGAUUGAAGCACUUCUACAAAGCCAAUAUACGAAAUCCAACGCUACUACGCUUGGUUAUGACCUUUAUGAAGUUUCUACUCGCUUUCGUCUACUAAGGCAAGAAGGGUACAAUGUGCCCGCGGAUGUGUUUAACAACUUUAAGGCUAAGAACGGAAAGUUCAAACCAGAACUAAAUGCAGAUAUGAGAGGGUUGAUGAGUUUGUAUGAAGCUUCACAGCUAAGCAUAGAAGGAGAAGACAUUCUUGAUCAAGCCGCAGACUUUAGUACCCGAGUCCUUAACGGGUUGAUGCCACAUCUUUCUCAUCAUCAAGCUCGAGUUGUCAGCAACACACUGGGAAAUCCCCAUCACAAGAGCCUAGCAAGGUUCAUGGCAAGAGAUUUCCUUAGUGAUUACACGAACCCAAGUGAAUGGGAAAAUGUCUUGCAAGAACUGGCGAAAAUGGAUUUUAACAUGGUUCAAUUCACACACCAAAAAGAAAUACUUCAAGUAUCAAAGUGGUGGAAAGACACGGGUUUGGCGAGUGAACUGAAGUUCGCUAGAGACCAACCUCUAAAAUGGUACAUGUGGCCUAUGGCAGCCCUCACAGAUCCAAGGUUCUCAGAGCAAAGAGUUGAGCUCACAAAACCCAUCUCUUUCAUCUACUUAAUAGAUGAUAUUUUUGAUGUUUAUGGGACACUUGAAGAACUCACUCUCUUCACAGAAGCUGUCAAUAGAUGGGAACUUGGUGCUGUGGAGCAACUACCAGAGUACAUGAAGAUUUGUUUCCAGGCUCUUGAUGAUAUUACAAACCACAUUGCUUACAAGGUCUACAGAGAACAUGGAUGGAACCCCAUAGAUUCUCUUAGAAGAACGUGGGCAAGUUUAUGCAAUGCUUUCUUAGUAGAAGCAAAGUGGUUUGCCUCAGGGCACUUGCCAAAACCAGAAGAGUACUUGAAGAAUGGUGUGAUUAGUUCAGGGGUACAUGUGGUAUUAGUACACAUGUUCUUUCUAUUAGGUCACAACAUAACCAAGCAAAAUGUCAAUCUUGUGAAUGACAAUCCAGGCAUUGUGACUUCUACAGCUACAAUUCUUCGUCUUUUUGAUGAUUUGGGAAGUGCCAAGGAUGAGAAUCAAGAUGGCAAAGAUGGGUCCUAUGUACAGUGCUACAUGAAGGAGAACAAUUGCUCCUCAGUUGACACUGCAAGAAAGCAAGUCAUUCACAUGAUAUCACAAGCAUGGAAGAGCCUCAACAAGGAAUGCCUAUCUCCAAAUCCAUUCUCAUCAGCUUUCACAAAGGGUUCUCUUAACAUUGCAAGGAUGGUUCCUUUGAUGUAUAGUUAUGAUGACAAACAAAACCUCCCAGUCCUUGAGGAGUACAUGAAGUCUAUGUUCUACGAUAAAUUACCUUAGGUGAGUGAGCAUUGUUAGAUGCUCUGCAACUUCUUCACUAUUGAUGCUACAAACCUAGCACCUGUAAUGCUCAUAAACUAGUUGUUUGGUGAGGAAUAAGUGUAUAGUCCAACAAGAUGCAAGAAAAAUGUAGUAGUUAUGUUACAAGGUAAAAGAUGUUACUUUCCAAUCUACUAAGGUUCUUAGUAGUGUUUGAAUCUAGGAUUUGAAAAAGAAUUUGUGGAGGAAAGUGUGAAGCCUCUAUUUCAUUCACUUUUCUUUUCUAUUCAUAAAUCUCUUCUCAAAUCCAAGAUUCACGCACAGUCUAUCUG